AUGGAACAUAACAGAGCACAAGAAAGACAACUUAGUAGUAUGGUUUACGUUUAUUCCUCAAAGCUACAAAGACGGUUAGAAUUUCAAGAGUCGGUGGUGGAUGCCCUUGGUUUUGAAGAUGAAACACCCAUAAAAAUUAGACAGGACUCGUGUAAUCUAGUUGUUGGUACUGAUUGUUUGGGAUUCGAAUGGAUAGACAUACCUUUGUGUCGUCCACGUGUUUGUCCUUUUGCUAUGUCUAACCGACGCUUCCUAGACUCAUAUGGGAAAUCUUGUCCCAAAUGGAUUCCUGUGGCGUGCUGCUGCCUUCUGCAUUUGUCUGGACUAGAUGGUCUGUUUCUCACUCGCAGACCGUGGCAUAUGCGAUCUUAUCCAGGUGUCUGGGUUCCACCUGGAGGUCAUUGUGAAGCUAAAGAACCUAUUCAGGACACCGCAUUUCGUGAACUCACAGAAGAGUUAGGAUUACAUUCGUAUGGGAAAGAAAAUGUAAUGAAUGAAUGUACUAUUAAACCACUCUGUGCAUGGGAAGCUUCCUAUCCUUCUCGUUUAGAUACAGGAAUCGGAAAGUCUACUAUCUUUCCUAAAUCUCAUCAUAUGGUUAUAUAUUACUCUGUUAAUUGGUUUCGUUCUUCAACAUCUGUUUUAGAUUCAGAUGAUAUUCACUCAUACUUACCACAAUUUAACCUUGAAGUAAAUGAAGUAUGUGCAGCCGUUUGGCUCCCGAGACCUGUUCUCAAUAAAUUAAGUGAUGAUUGGAAGGCAUUUGAAAAACAUUUUCAAAAUCAGUCCACAAUCAGUAAUUCGGAAUAUCUUUAUCCCGAGUUAUCAACGAUGCCAUCCACUUUCCAGAUUGAUAAUGAUCAAACAGAAGUUUGGUAUUGGGGUGUAAACUCUCUUGACUGGCAAUCGGUACCCGUGAAUCAACUUAUCUGUGGACUAACAUCAAGUCGCAAUCCAACUGUUUCACACAAUACCAGACCCGAAUCCGAAGUUGGUAAUGGACCUAGUCCUGUAACACUGGGGACAUUGUAUGCUAUUAGUCAUUGGCUUUCAUCAACCAGUACCAGAAGUACUGUUUGA